AUGCUCAGCACAAGCCAAACUUACGACGAGGAUGAUCGUGCCCGCGCCGCAUUGCCACGUGCAGUUCCUCAAGCUUUGCCUCAAAGUGGCCAAGCGAGCUUGUGGGAGUUUAUAACCGCAAAGCAACAAAUCCUGAAGAAGGAACAAGCCACAAAAAUGCAACAAGACCCUUACAGCCACAAAAUGUCUGCUGGACCGGGGUUGUCGACGGCCUCGUCUGCUUCUGGCCCAGCGCCUUCUACUUCGAAUCACUAUUGCAUUUGGUAUCCUCCGAAUUCGACUGGUGAUUCAGAUACUGAUGUGGUCGCUGACCCGGACUAA